ACCAGAUUGGAGUUCACAUGAUUCUGCCUCAGCUCAGGAAUGGAGAGCUUCCAGCUGGGGAUUUUCUAGAUGAGCUGGGAUGAUUUUUUUUUUUCCUGCGGGAUUGAGAGAGGGAGAGCUCGUCCGUGUGCAGCGUUGUCCAGACCCUGCCAAGUUGAGCUGUAGGAGUACAGCUGGCUGAGGACUGAGGGUAGAGCCUAGCCGGAAGGGCUGAAUCAGAGGACUCUUGCUAGGUUUUCUCGCAGAGAACUCUCAGGGCUGCAGGGGGCGGACCUCACUGCUGCCUCCCCAUUUCCUCCUCAACUGCCUGUGGACUCCUCACUGCCUUCCUUUGCCCUACCAGGAGGCUCUAGAAAAAUCCAAUCACUGUGGGUAUGGGGCUGGAUAGUUUCUAAACUGACCUGCUUGUGGGACAGAAAUCAAUUUAAUUGACCUGUUCUUAAAAGAAAUGAAAUAGAAGAGACAACACCAGUGUGAAAAAGAAGCAUCAGGGGGUCCGCCUACCACCAGUGAUGCCUAGAUCCUGAUAUAUUUGCAUCACCUUCUAUAAACAAGAUGGCAAGAGAGAGAUUGGCUCCAUCUCCAAGCCCAUGAGGAGUAAGGCUCCUUCUGGCCCAAAGAUGGGGAACAUCACUACAGAAAACUCCUCACUAUCUUGCCCCAUCGACCACACCAUCCACCAGACACUAGCCCCAGUGGUCUAUGUGACCGUGCUGGUGGUGGGCUUCCCAGCCAACUGCCUGUCCCUCUACUUCGGGUACUUGCAGAUCAAGGCCCGGAAUGAGCUGGGGGUGUACCUGUGUAACCUGACCAUUGCAGACCUGUUCUAUAUCUGUUCACUUCCCUUCUGGCUGCAGUACGUGCUUCAGCACGACGACUGGUCCCAUGGUGACCUAUCCUGCCAGGUGUGUGGCAUCCUCCUCUACGAGAACAUUUACAUCAGCGUGGGCUUCCUCUGCUGCAUCUCCAUCGACCGCUACCUGGCUGUGGCCCACCCCUUCCGCUUCCACCAGUUCCGCACCCUGAAGGCAGCCGUGGGCGUCAGUGUGCUCAUCUGGGCCAAGGAGCUGCUGACCAGCAUCUAUUUCCUCAAUCACAAGGAGGUCAUUGAGGACGAGGACCAGCACCGAGUCUGCUUUGAGCAUUACCCUAUCCAGGCCUGGCAGCGUAGCAUCAACUACUACCGCUUCCUGGUGGGCUUUCUCUUCCCCAUCUGCCUGCUGCUGGCCUCCUACCAGGGCAUCCUCCGGGCCGUGCGCCGCAGCCACGGCACACAGAAGAGCCGCAAGGACCAGAUUCAGCGGCUGGUGCUCAGCACCGUGGUCAUCUUCUUGGCUUGCUUUCUGCCCUACCACGUGCUGCUGCUGGUACGCAGCCUCUGGGAGAGAAACUGUGAGUUUGCUAAGAGCAUCUUCAACGUCUAUCACUUCUCCCUCCUCCUCACCAGCUUCAACUGUGUAGCUGACCCGGUGCUGUACUGCUUUGUCAGUGAGACCACUCACAGGGACCUAGCCCGCCUCCGAGGAGCCUGCCUAGCUGUCCUUACCUGCUCUAGGACAAGCAGGGCCAGGGAAGCCUACCCACUGGGUGCCCCUGAGGCCUCUGGGAAAAGUGGGGCCCAGGGCGAGGAACCUGAAUUGUUAACCAAACUUCACUCAGCCUUCCAGACCCCUAGCUCACUGGGAGUGGGAGGGCCCUCCACUGUGGGGUUGGCCUAGCUUGAGUCACGUGAAUGAGGCUAAGUUAGGCCCUGAGCUUUCACCAACAGGCCUUGUGGUCGGGAGCUUGCAUGGUGGCUGUCUCCCACUUUACCAUGUACGGGUGCCUCUCUCCUCAGGAAGGAACCAUGGUUUGGGCCACAGCCAGGUCCCUCUGGCCCCUGGAAACCUGCUCUGUGUCCUGAGCCUGGGCACUGCUGAGUGUGUGAAUAAGCCCUGUCUCCUCCCAUGUUCUCGGUGGCCACCUAGGCUGCAGAUGGGAGGGAGUCGGCAUCGUCACUUCCAGGAGAUUUGCAAAGAGCAGCAGGCCUGGGGUGUGGAGAGGAGGGUAGAACCCUGUGUGGUCACCUGCCAAGCCUUCCAGUGCCCCUGUUGUCACAGAUGAUACCAGCCCAAGUGUGCUAUGGUCUUGUGUGACACAGGAAGUUGUAUAGCCACCAUCAGUAUUUGAGCUUGCCUCUAAACUAGUCUAGGCCAGAGGACUGGUUAAGGUGAAGAACAGGGGCGGGGUUGGUGGCUAGGGAGAACAGCAGAGAGGCAGUCAGGGAAGAAGCCCCAGCAUCAGACAUAUCUCACUUUACAGAACUUAUGGAACCGGGCCCCACCCCCAAGGGCUGAUGGCAAAUAAACCCCAGGGAUCCCUAGAGAGAUGUCAGGGGCCCUUCAAAACAUCGUACUAAAGCUUAAUAAGAAGACUUAGGCCUAAAGCUGCGUCCUUAGCCAAGUUCCUGGCACACAGAGUUUCUUUGUGUAGCCCUGGCUCUCCUGGAACUCACUCUGUAGACCAGGCUGGCCUCGAACUCAGAAAUCCGCUUGCCUCUGCCUCCCAAGUGUUAGGAUUAAAGGCAUGCGCCACCACUGCCCAGCCCUAAUUAGCUUUUUGUGUCCGUUUAGUCUAAGUGUCAGACCUGAGAGCCUAAGGGAGAAGAAAGAGGGAGAAUAUAAAAAAUGGCAGGGUGUCCAUGGCAACUGUAUGCCAAGACAUUGACACUAGGAUCAUGUAUCUAUUGUCAGUAAUUCUGACCCUUCUCCCCCCCACGCACCAUAGAGCAUCCAGCAGCUUUUGAGAGUAGUGUGACCGUGACAGUUUCCCAGAAUUCCUAAGUACAAUGAACUAACCACACACACACACACACACACACACACACACACACAAAUCAUGUCUCGUGACCACAGGUUUGGCUCAAGCUGCAUUUUGGCAUAGGAGAGUUGGCAGAGAUGGCUGCAUGCCAGAAAGACCUACACCUUCCCCAGCCUCUGUCCUUACAGGCCAAUGGUGAUAGCUAAGUGUUCUGUGCCUCUUCAUCUCACAGUAUUUCCCCGUUUGACCUGUAAUUCUGGAUUCUCACUGGCUUGGACUGGAGCAAGCUAAGCCCCGCUCCCCUUACUAAGGAGUGCUGUAUUUUUGUAUUGUCUUCUCUCUUAUGCCAAGUAUCCCUGUGUUGGACUGUGAGGUGGGUUUAUGUAGUGACUUCAGUCUGCAAAUAAAACAAAGUAGCCAAUC